AUGCAAACUGAUGAAUUAGAGCAUCACACUUUCAACAACACAUUGGUCGACGAAAGUGUGCUUGACGACGAUUGUAUUAUUAUCACUGAUGACUUGGAUGAACAUGCUCUUUUGGAUGAAGUGCCCAAAAUUAAUGAAAUUAAUCAGCAGAAAGAGAAAUCAGCAGAAAGAGAAAUGGACAAUUUAACGAUUCUUGGUGAAAAACCAGAACUCACACUAUCAAAGAGAGACACGACCGAGAAUGGUGACCAUCAAGUUUCUGACUUUCGAACCAUUGAUGAUCAAGCGGCAAUAAGUCGAUUAAUUGAUGAACUCGUCCAAAAAGUUAUUCCAGAAGAAAAUGUUUCAUCCGAUGCUCCUAUCACUACGUCAACGGCAGAUACAAAUGAGGAGUUUGACAUGGAUAUCAAAAAAGUGACAACGUUUAGUGAUUCUCUAGGACCUCGAAAACAG